AUGAAUUCAGACAUUUUUAUAGAAUGGAUAAAACAUUUUGUGAAGUAUUCAAACUGUUCUAAUGAAUCUCCAAUUUUGUUACUUCUGGACAACCAUAAAAGUCAUAUUUCUGUUAGAGCUUCGGAUCUUGCAAUUCAACAUGGAAUUACAAUGCUAAGUUUUUCUCCCCAUUGUACCCAUAAAUUGCAACCAUUGGAUAGAACAGUUUUUGGACCAUUGAAAAGGUUUUACAAUGCUGCGUGUGAUAAUUGGAUGGUCACAAGUCCAAGACCUAUGACCAUUUAUGAUAUUGUUUCAAUAGUUUGCGAACCAUAUAAAAAAGCUUUCUCACCAUCUAAUUUACAGAGAGGAUUUCAAGUGGCUGGCAUUGAGCCAUUUAAUCUAAAAAUUUUUAGAGAUGAUGGAUAUUUACCAUCAUCAGUUACAAAUCGUGCUGCUCCAAAUGUAGUAAACACAAUUCUUAUGGAACCUUUAAUGACUGUAGCACAUGUUGAUGGUAUGGAGCCUGAAAUGCCUGUAGUACAUCAUGAAACAAGUUUUUCGAUUAAAGUGUCACCAAGCAUUGCUUCAUUACUUUCACCUGAAGUUUUGAAACCUUACCCGAAAGCAUCUGCUAGAAAAAGAGGGUGUUAA